AUGGUACAACAACAGCCCGUUGUUGUAUUUGAUAUGGGAUCUAACAAGACGCGCGUUGGCUUCGCGGGUGAGGAGGCCCCGCGUGUCAUCUCGAGCACAGUCGUGGGCGUGCCGCGACAACGCGGUCUUGUUGGGUCCCUUAUGCAACAUUACAGUGACGACUACGCAGGAGAUGCCGCAUGCGCGCAGGAGGGUAUGCUCAACCUUAGCUACCCCGUACGGAACCGCCGCAUCACAAGCAUGCCCGAGGUGGAACACUUUUUGCAAGAUGUUUUCUAUAGUCGGCUUCCACUUGUACCGAGUAACACGAUGAUGUUGUGGGUGGAAUCUGUGCGCACUUCACGUGAAGACCGAGAGAGGCUCUGUGAAAUGAUGUUUGAGAGCUUUGGUCUUCCUCAGUUGGGCCUCGUUGCCGCCUCCGCGACGACAGUCUUCUCCACGGGAAGAACGACAGGUCUUGUGGUUGAUAGUGGCGAGGGAUGCACGAACUUCAAUGCCGUAUGGGAGGGUUACAACUUGCAGUACGCCACGCACACAUCUGACGUAGCCGGCCGCGUGCUAACUGAUAGACUUCUGGCGUUCCUGCGCGCGAAGGGAUACCCGCUCUCCACUCCGAAUGACCGCCGAGUUGUGGAGGACGUCAAGCACACCCUUUGUUACGUUGCAGCCGAUGUACAGGAGGAGGUGAAGAAGAUGCACAAAAAGUUACAGAAAGAGUAUUAUGGCCUACCAGACGAGCAACGGAUUUAUGUUGAGGAGAGCCAGUUUAUGGUGCCCGAGCUCCUCUUCAAUCCAUCAGCAGAGGGUGACAUUGGGUGUUGUGGUAGGAAUAAUGCAGAAGUGAAUGUAGAUGCUAGCGGGGUUGGUGCUGGAGGUUGGACAGAUGCGAUAGCAAAAGUUGUGGAGUCCGCCCCACACUUCACUCGACCUCACCUUCUGAAGAGCAUUGUGUUGGGUGGUGGCAACACCAUGUUCCCCGGAAUUGAGCAAAGGCUACGCCGUGAAGUGUCAGCGCUACCUGCAAGCGCGGAGUGUGAGGCGAAUUGUGUGGCUUUCCGGGACCGUGACUUGGCCGCGUGGAUCGGCGGGUCUGUUGUUGCAUCAAUGCCAACAUUUCCACAUAUGUGCCUGUCACGCAAGGACUACUUAGAAAAAGGUGCUACCGUCGUUCACGAGAGGAUUUAG